UCAAUGGUAGAGGCUUCCCAAACGAAGACAUGGCGGACUACUGCUUCAUUUUGACUGAGCACCUGCUGGGGUUCGCACUCACGGCGCCGGCGCUGCGUGGCACCAUAGAUGUCGACCGUAAACAUGCCACUGAAGCCUUGUUUGAGACCAGCAGAAGCCACUUACAGAAAGCGCUGGAGGCGUGUCCCUGGAUGGACAACGCCACUAAAGUGCGCAGCUUUGAUCGCAUUGAUGCUAUGCAGCUGGAUUGGAUGGUUCACGAGAAUCUUCCUUGGGAAGAGUUCUACGCAUCCGUCCCGCCGAUGACACACGAGUCGUUCGUGACCAACUGGAAGCUCCUUGUGAAAGCCAGGAGGGCCAUCCGUUCUAGUAUGCUGUCCAUGAACGCUCGUUACCACUCGAUCAGCGAGGACGGCCGGCUGGACCAGAUAGGUCAUCGUUUGACCGUUCCUGUAGCCCGGCUCCAGCCUCCUUUGUUCUAUGGCAUUCGAGAACCCAGCAUCGCUGUGGCUCUACUCGGGUCCUGGUUCAUGGGAAAGCGAAGACAUGGCCUCGCUGGCACUCCUGGAGCCUACGCGGCACGCCUUCCUGGCGUCCAACACCUCGGUGCCUGGUGUGAAGAGUGCCGAGCUACGGCUACCGGGUCUCGAGACGCUCCAGGGCGAGCAGAUAUUCUUCACUCUUCUAUGCUUCACUAUGUGCGGUAGCAUGGUGGCGGAAGCGGACGGUCCCGGCUGGGCUGCAAGUGGAGAGCGGCUCUGUAACGUCCCACUCAUGCACAGCACGCACUUCGCCGCCGCUUUCGAGUGUCCGCAGGGGUCCAACAUGAAUCCGGAGUUCAAGUGCGACUUCUGGUGAAAUGACCGCCGGAACACGCGCACAAACUAUGCGUCGCUCUAUGAAAUUAGUGAUGUACGUAGACGACGCCAACAUUUCAACCUGGUACUAGAUGUUAUUAUCUACAAGAAAAUGUUUAUAAUUAAACAACUGCCACCAUGCUUAUCGUCCCCAUGUGGGAGCGCCCCGGGGUGUCGCCCUAAUAGGUGGCGCUUCUUAGGAUGCUUUCAAUAAAGUUGUUCGUACCCAUUGUGGACGCAGUUAAGUCUGCCCCACCCAACCAGCAACAAAGUCCGGCUGCCCUAGGGUCGCCGGUAUCAAAGCAACCGUCGGCAGAGUCUGCGUUGCGCGACGCGAAAGUGCGGGGCCACCACUAGCCGCUGGGGGUUGUAAAAUCGAUGAACGAUUAAUCGAUUAAAAGUGUC